ACGGCAGUCUCUAGGAAGCGCGGUUAAGAGGGCGGGCCGAGGGCGGGGGUAAUAAAACUCGGAAGGAAGAAGCCGCCCGCGGGACCAUGAAUAUCCUCCCGAAGAAGAGUUGGCAUGUUCGAAAUAAGGACAACGUAGCCCGUGUACGGCGGGACGAAGCCCAGGCCCGGGACGAGCAGCGGGAGCGGGAACGGCGGGCGCUGCUGGCCCAACAGGAGGCCCGCACCGACCUCCUCCGGAAAAGAGCCCGCCACCGGACGCCCCUUCCUGCGGCGGGGACGGAGGCGCCCCAGGAGGGCCCUCGCCCCGUGGACCUGUUUCGGGAGCUGGUGGAAGAGGGGAAGGGGGCGACCCUGGGCAACAGGGAGUACGAGGAAGAAAAGAGGCAGGCCCAGGAACAGCAGGAGAAGGCCCUGGGUGUCCUCACCUACCUGGGCCAGAGUGCGGCCGAGGCACAGACUCAGCCUCCAUGGUACCAGCUCCCUCCGGAGCCCAGGGGCACGCAGUGCGGCCCCGUGCCCGAUGAAAAAGCCAAGAGCCACCUGGACCCGCUGCGGGAGCUGAAGAGGCAGUUGGGCAAGAAGAGGGGGAGCGAGGGGGGCUGCCGUCACAAGGAGUUGGAGAAGCAGCGCCUCAAGAGCCCUGGGAGAACCUCGAUGGAGCAGCUGCGGGCAGAGCGUCUGAGGAGAGAAGCAGCCGAGCGGGCCCGGGCCGAGGCCUUGAUGGCCACCAUUCGAGGAGAGCAGCCCGGAGAGGAGGAAGAGGCUGACGAACGCAAGAGGCAGUACAAUUCUCAGUUCCACCCCCAGCUCGCCCGGCCCCCUCGGCGCUAGGACCACAGACAUCAUAUAAAACUAUUUAUUCAUAAAUAUCUUCAAAAAUGAAAA